UCGGUCUUCAUACAGAACGAAGGCUUGGAUUGGACCCUCACUCAAAUCUAGGACUGGUGAAGGAUACCGACCCUUCACCAGUGCAGAGUGGCACAGAAGUCAACUGUGCACUUGGCCAAAGUUCAUCGUCCAGCGCCGAGCUCUUGCCUAGCUAACACUUCAGAAGUUUUGGUACGUCAGUACAAGCAUGAGGUUGGUUGUGAGGGCUAGCCACCUACAGGGUGCCUAAGCUCGAAUAGCGCAACUGAGUGCAGUGUGAAGUCCAUAGCCUUUGCCAAUGCUAAUGGUUCGUUUGACUGUCUCUCUGAAGCUGCGAUCUUCACAUGCACUAUACAGGACGGUACAGUACAUGAAGAUUUCAGCGCUAUGCCAACACAUGGCGCAGUGAACGCUGAGGCCGCCUGUUCAUCCAUGACCGAGCGGCCAACAGCCUUCGUUUCUCGUCUCUUCAGUUCGAUCGCUCUUCGGGUGCUUCGGGUACAAUGGCUUAGAAGGCGGCAAUUGCAACAGCUCUAUUGACGAUAAUGCUGCGCCUUGGAAUUGGUGCGUAAACUGUUGAGCACGAAGCAUGCGAUGCCAUCGUAAUAUCGCAAGUCUCAUGGUGAAAAGCUGUGUUGACAAUCGGAGGUGAACUUUUCCAAGGCCUUCUCACGGCUUCUCAUUGAGCUAAGCUUCGAUAAGACUCAGUAUCUUCACGAGCUUGGGAUUUCGCUGCUUGAUUAGCUAAUUCAUCCGUCAUUACUCGUCAAGAUUGACGAGUAACCAAAGGAUCAGAAAAUUCCGGAAGACGAGUACUAUUGCCAGUGGAUGCCACAAGAGAUGCAACGACGUUUUCUCUGAAGACCGACCAUGAGCAGGGUUUGCUCAGCUGUAUUGCAAUACAGGCUUUUAGCUCCAUAACUCGUGCGCGCUCACGCGAAUGUUCCUCCUAAAAAUAAGCUACGAUUCCAAUGUCAGCUCAAGGCGUCCGCUUCUGGGUUUACAACUGGCGGUUCAGAUUUGUCGAAGCCCAGAACCACGAGUCGUUCCGUGGGAGUGUUUCAGUUGAAUUGAAUGAAGGAUGUCAUGUGAGCACCAUAUCAAUGAACCUACACUGAAGUACGCGCUUGUGCCGCAGUACAAGAAAGGCCACACAAAAUUUAGACCGGUGAGUGCAAUGUCAUGAAAAUGAUUAGAGGACGGAGAUUUCGUUAUUGUUCGGCGCGCGUGAGAUUCGUCGGAUCUCGGUCCUCUCGAUGCGAGCUAUGAGCUCGAGCACGGUCUGGAGUAAGCAAGGGUCCGUCGUUCAAGUAUUGACGGGGAGAGAAGCUCUCAAAUGAGGCAUGACCGUCGCAUCUUGCUCGACAUCAUCUGCUCUCCGGUUUUAGCACCUGGAUCGCAACCAGCGCGGAGUACAGGAGUGCAGGUGUGGCGGUCGACUCACUCACGUGCUAAGUAGGUCCAGAUCUGGUCGAUCGACUGGUCCACGCGGUGCAUGUAUGGUCGAGCGGUUGGUGCGAGGUGUUACCGUGUAAGGAGAUUUGGCAACAAGCUCAGAUGCUGAACUCAGGCUCAGGGACCGGGAGGGUGCAUCCAUGGCAUGGCAUGGGCAGUGAGGGCAAUGCUGUGCGAUCCCAUACAAAGGAAAGGAGUUGGAUACUCUAAUGUCAUGAAUAUUCACACGCCAUGACUGGUUGUCAGCGAUGGCAUGGAAAGUGGGCGAGUGCGGGGAGCGUCAUGAUCAAACGAUGGCCUCAACACAGAUCUCGCCACGUGAGAUUAGUUGGAUAGCCCGGGAGGUGAACUAUACAAAUAUCUAUCUACAUCCGGCCCCGAUAAUACUGGGAGUGCUUUUGGAGGCCUUUUGAGAACUGAGUUUCAGCUCGUCCGUGAGAUCCCCGGAAAGUAUCUGAGGCCGCGUGAUCGAUCGGGCCAAAGAUAUUAUCAACCAUCGGGCGCAGAUCAAAAUCCCGCAGCCUAUAGGUAGAGAUUCGGAGCUGUUUUGCAAGAGAAGUAUAGCACACCCCAGCCCCGGCCCCGUUCCAGCCAGCGUGCCGGCCAGCUUUAACCUGGGCACGCAGCACCUCGAAUCCGGGAGAUUUAUCCUCUCCACUUCGUUGACAUGACAAGUUAAGUUAAGAUCAGUGGGUUCUGAAUCCGCUGCCGCUGCCGCUGCUGCGGUCGACUUUCAGAUGGUUAUCCCCCAUGUUUUGCGUUUUUUGUGUAGCUGGGCGAGUCAAAGAAAUUCUUGCCAUUGUUUUAUAUUUUCAACCUGUUCUCUGUAUCUUGGCUUUUUGACAUUCCCAAGGAACAGCGUCGCGCGAGUUCUUGUGCUUCAAAGUCAAAUCUUAUCGCACCUUACUGGUACUGUCUGGCUUCGAAGGCUAAGUCAGUACAAAGCCUCCGAGAUCGCUGAUUUGAUUCCGCCUCAAGCGUACAGCAGUCAUGGUCCCGGUCGAGUGGAAUUGGAGUGAGCGACGUGACUCGCUGGAACAGGCUACGCUAACUGGACUUUUCUCCCACUUGACAAUGCCCUUCACAGACACUGACCAGUCUUCAUCUGCGUUUUAAAUUCUCGAUCAUCCAAUCUUUUUCUGAGGACAGUCACUCUAUCUAAGAAUAGAGAGAAUGUCUUCAUUAGAUCAACUAGUCUCCGAGGAUCAAUCACACCUUCAAGGGAAUCUCAAAUUUGUCGUACCCUAAGUUGCACAAGCAUAUUGCCGCAGAUAUUUUUCUGAAGUGUUGUGACAGUUCCCUCG